AUGAAUGAACAAGAAAAGCUACAAAUUCACGAAGACCCGAUUCAAAAUAAACCAAUUAAAACAUCUGGUCUAAAACUACCGCUCGUCAAUGACAAUAACGACAACGACAUCAAAAAAACUUUCAUUAUUGACGAAGCAUCACAAAAAAAUCAAACGCUAUUAAAACAACCUUCAUCUUUACCAGAAGAAAAUAAACUUGAUUUAGCUUUUACAAAGCCUUAUAGACACUUGCAAAAUCUCGAAGUCGAAACGUGGCAAGAAAAAUUCAAAUUGAUUAAUGGCAUAAUCAUUGAUAAAUAUUCAGUCAAACAAUCAAUUGAUCCUGUGAUAAAUUAUAAAUAUUCACAAAAGCCGAUGAGUGCAUACAAGCAAUCACAAAAUAUGAAGAUUUCAUACACGUCAAAAAUAUGCGAUUCUUUUAUGCUUUCUGAGGGAAUAGAAAUUGAUGCAAGCUCAUCCGAAGAUUUAAAGGAUUUUUUCAUGCUAUUCAAUAUGAAUCCCAGAAAACAUUCAGGAAAUUCAUUUGUAAAUGAUCUAGAAACACAUGAUAUUUAUUGUGAGAUUGCAAGUGAGCAAAUUUCGAUUGAAUACAAUAUUCAAAAUAUUAAAAGCACUGCUGAAUUAAAACUUGCUGUUGAAAUAGCUUUGAAGUCAAAUACGCCAAUUGAAUAUUUAUACCACGUUUUUAAUAAGUUUGGACAUUUAUUCGCCAUUAAAAUAAUAAUUGGUAAUAAAUUACAAAGAAUAGUGCGCUUAAAUGGGAAAAUAAAUGAGAAAGAAGAUAAAAGGUCAAUUUGUUUACCAGAAUUUGAUGAAUUAGAUAAUGAAACUUUAAACCGCUGGAAAGAAGAAAUUCGACCACAUGACUCUUCGUAUCU